AUUUUCCCGGAUUUCAGGGUGCUGACCAACGUUUGCAAUUCACGUCAACGACGACCUCUCCUUUUCCUUCCAUCACUGUGUCAGAUUCACUUGGUAUCGAAUAUUCCCUGUCGCACUAUAUCACCUUCAAUGGGUCGAACUGCAGCCACUACCGCAUACAUUAUUCCACGACUUCCUGCUGUCGAUGGCGUCGUCGCGCCUUCUCAUGUGACUGAGACGCCCUUUGCAUUGUCCUUCGAAACAUAUCGCCUGCUUUGGCUACUGGCGCAAAGUCCGCCUUGAAGAAGGGCGGACGGUAAUCACUCCACUCGGGUCGAACAUAUUAGGGCACAUCUAUACUACAAGUGACAGAAUUGCGAAACAGCAGAAACAAGUUCAGAAAAUAUGAGCCUUGGACACACACAGACCGUCAUGGAUAAGAUCCAAGACGCGGAGGGAGGCGUUCGUCCGCUCAACGACGUGUCUACCAAAUUGGAGGAUGCUCUCAACUCAAUCGCGCUUGGAAACAACGCUUCUGAGUCGACCGAGCCAGAAAUCACGCCGAUGCGCUCAAAGAGCCCGCCAGCCACCCCUCGCAAGGCCAUACCGCUGCACGGGCGGCAAGAAAGUCCCCUAGCUGGAACCGAAGGUGAAAGAGGAAGACAAGAGGCCAAAGGCAGCGUCAUCCUGUCUACAACCGCAGCGAAGAGGAAGAAAAAGAAGAACAAGGCAAGAACCGCAGAAGCUGCUCACGCGCUGAACACCGUCAAAGGCUUUAUCCCGGUCGAUUCAGGCGCCGAAGACUCGGAUGCUUCCAUCAGCAGCCCACGGGUUCUGUCGCCCAUUCCACGGCUGCCUGCUUUAGCCGGUGCCAGUCCGGGGCUGAGACCACAGUCACCGGGAAUCAGCAGCUUGAAAGCACAGCUUGACGCUCUGAACUCACGCAGCCAGAGUCGCUCUAGAUCGCGUGUCCGAACCAACCGGGACUCAGAGGCAGAGGCAAAUAGCAGUGCAGCCAGUGCAGCCUCGGAUACCCAAGGCGACGAGACUCCCGAAGAAAUGGUCAGCUACCAUGUGCAGAUUGACCAGGACUUCGUCAGCCACUCGUUGGUUGACACAGACGCCAGCUCGACUUCUGUCUCCACGCUGGAUGCACUGGAUGCCGAUCAGCGGGCCACAUCCAUAAUUGCGCGCAAGAUGACGGCUGCAGAUUUCACUCCCAUCCGCUGCCUUGGGGAUGGAGCAUUUGGCACGGUACAUCUCGUGCGUCAGAAUGCAACGGGUCGUUUGUUCGCGCAGAAACAGCUUACCAAGGCAUUCGUCAAGGUCCACAAGAGGCGCAUCGAGUCGACCAAGUCGGAGCGGACCAUUUUGGAAUUGGUCAAUCGUCAUCCGUUCAUUGUCAACCUCUACUACGCUUUUCAGGACCAUGAGAAGCUGUACUUGAUUCUCGAGUAUGCUUCCGGUGGAGAGCUCUUUCGGCAUUUGGAGCUGGAGAAAUUCUUCUCCGAAGAGGUCGCGGCUUUCUACGUUGCCGAGAUUGUUCUGGCGUUGGACUACCUUCACAAUACUGUCGGUGUUAUCUACCGCGAUCUCAAACCUGAAAAUUGCCUGCUCAACGCCGAAGGCCAUCUUCUGCUGACAGACUUUGGUCUCAGCAAAGUGGCCGUUCCUGAUCCCAGCACUCCGGGAGGCAGUCGUUGCAACAGUCUCGGCGUGGGGACCAUCGAAUACAUGGCGCCAGAGAUUAUCAGGGGCUGGGAUGAGUCCGAUUGGGGGCCGGGAUACGGCAAAUCCUGCGACUGGUGGUCACUGGGAGCUAUGGCGUGUGAUCUUAUGACGGGGAAGCCACCAUUUGGGGGAGGGAACUGGACCAAGAUCCAGCAGAACAUCAUGCACCAGAAAUUGAGUCUGCCUUAUUUCCUGUCUCCGGACGCGAAAGAUCUUCUCACCAGGCUACUGCGCAAGGAGCCUAAGAAGCGACUUGGUGUCGGUCCUAACGAUAUCAACACGAUCAAGAGGCAUCGAUUCUUCAAAAAGAUUGACUGGAAGAAGCUGGAAGCACGAGAGCUUGAGCCGCCCAUCAGACCCUUGGUCACGAAUCCAGAAUUGGCCGAGAACUUUUCCAAGGAAUUCACGGAGCGCGCAGUUGAUGCAGCACCUCGGCGACACAGCAGGACAUUGAGUAAAUCUGAUCCCUUUGGCGGGUUCAGUUAUGUUGCGAGUCACAGUCUGCUAGAAGAGUCCAUGCUCUCGGAGUUGGAUGAGGCGAUCAUUGACGAUGGGGUUUAGAGGUUGUGGCAGCGAGGGUAUGAUAGAAAGGUCGGCAUACAGCAGCUCAUCCAGCGGCAAACGAUAGGGGCUUGUCUGGUACCAUUAGAGCGAGGCGUCGGGAUUUAGGAGAGUUUGCAUAUCAGAUGAGCAUUUGUCGAACCGCGAUCGCGAGGCAUAGAGAAUAUGGACAUGCUUCAGAGGGUUAUUAGAACGGCAUGAACAUGAACAGUACGUACCUAUAGGGUAUGCUUGAAUCUUGAGUAACA